UGACCAUGGUGGGCUCCGGUUGACGGGUCGAGAUGGCCCACGGCCCAUUUGAGGACAAGCCCAGCAUCAUAUCGGCGUCAUCGCCGACGCCGUGGUCCGCGGAGGGAGAGAGGCAAUCGCGGUUUGGCAGGGCGGCGGCGAUGCUUGCGUUCGAGGAGCAGGUGGUGGCGGACCUGGUGGAGGACCCCAACGGCGGGCUCGUGGUUCUCUCCUCGGGCUUCCCGCUCGCCUCCCUCGCCGCCGCCCUCCUCCUCCAGCUACACCUGCACCAUCGCCCCGGCGACGCGGCGGGGGGAGGAGGAUGCCUCCUCGUCCUCUCCGCCCCGGACCCCCUCAAGGCCCGGAUCCUCCGCCGCCUCCAAGACAGGCUUCAGGUCCUCGACGUGCCCCCCGACCUCCCCGCCCAGCAGCGCGCCUCCCUUUAUGCUUCUGGCGCCGCCCUCUUCCUCUCCCCGCGCGCUCUCGCCGCCGACCUCCUCACCUCCCGCCUCCACCCCUCCCACGUCCGGGCCCUCCUCCUCCUCUCCGCCCACCGCUCCUCCGAUACCUCCUCCGACUCCUUCAUCGCCCGCCUCCUCCGCCAACGCCAUCUUCUCCCCGUCUACGCCUUCUCUGACCGCCCCCACGCCAUGGUAGCCGGCUUCUCCAAGGCCGAGCGUGCCAUGAAGAGCCUCUACGUCCGGCGUCUCCACCUCUGGCCCCGCUUCCACGUCCUCGCCGCCGCAGACCUGGAGCGCGCUCCGCCCGACGUGGUCGACGUCCGCGUCCCCAUGACCCCUGCCAUGAGGGGCAUCCAGGCCGCCGUCCUUGCUGCCAUGGACGCCUGCCUCAAGGAGCUCAGGCGCACCAACAAGGUGGAUGUCGAGGACCUCACCGUUGACAAGGGCCUUUUCAAGUCAUUCGACGAGAUCGUCAGGAGGCAGCUCGACCCCAUCUGGCACACUCUCGGCAAGAAGACAAAGCAGCUUGUGGCUGACCUCAGGACGCUACGCAAGCUGCUCGAUUACCUCGUCAGGUAUGAUGCAGUUACAUACUUGAAGUACCUUGACACGCUGAGAGUAUCUGAAGGUGUUCGAUCAGUUUGGAUACUUGCUGACUCAAGCCACAAGAUAUUUGAGCUUGCAAAAAGGCGUGUUUACCAGGUUGUGAGAGCAGACGGUAUAAAAGUUAGCACAGAUAAAAAGGGCACACCAACAAAGAAGAGGAAAGUGGCACACAAUAGUACCGAUAAGGGAAAAGAAUAUGAAAACGAGGACUCCACUGCAGAUAAGCACAACACUCAGAAGGUUAAUGCUGAUGCGGGCAUCGUAUUGGAUGAGGUUUUGGAGGAGGCACCAAAAUGGAAAGUGUUACAGGAAUUGUUGCAAGAGAUAGCAGAAGAACAGACGAAGGGAGAUGGUGAGAAUGCACAAGCUGAAGAUGAAAGUGGCAUAGUUUUGGUAACAUGUAAAGAUGAGCGCACAUGCUUUCAGCUGCAAGAAUGCAUAUCAAAAGGCCCCCAUAAGGUUAUGCAAGAAGAGUGGGAGAAGUAUUUGCUUGGGAAAGCUGAGCUGCAUGGAUUACAGAAAAAGAACAAGAAAAAAUCUGAGCAACCGAAAGGGUUUGGUGUCCUCGAUGGGGAAGUUCAAAUGGGGCCUAGUGAGAGUGCAGGCCCCGUUAGCAUUAGCAAGCUUGAAACUAAUGCCUUACUUGCAGCUGCUUCUGAAUUAAGAAAUGUAACUAAGGAAGCUGAUGUCAAGGAUGGUUCAAAUGUCAGCUGCAGUAAAAGGAGGUUGGUAAAGGAAAAAGCAAAGGGAAAAUCAAAGAAAACCACUGAAAAGAGACAAGCCAGCAAUAGAAAAAAUAAAAGUAAGGGGGGAAAUGACAAUGACCAAGGUACUGCUCUGGAGGUGGAAGGUCAAUCAGGCAAAACCGAUGAACAUGCCGAUAUCGAUGCUUCCAAGGUGUCCACAGAUGCUUCCGUGUCAUCCUCUACUGCUGGCGAUGCCUGUAAUUAUUCAUCUGAUUUCAGAGGCUUGACAAAUGGCAAUCCACUACCUCCUGUGCAAUUUCAUGCCCUAGACGGUGACCAGCACAUACUUGAUGUAUGGAAGCCAUCUAUUAUCAUUGUUUACCAUCCAGAUAUAACCUUUGUUAGAGAAAUUGAAGUAUACAAGGCAGAAAACCCAUCAAGGAAGUUAAAAGUUUACUUUCUUUUUUAUGAAGAUUCUACCGAGGUGCAAAAAUUUGAAUCUAGCAUUCGCCGGGAAAAUGAAGCAUUUGAAUCUUUGAUAAGACAGAAGUCCCUAAUGAUGAUACCUGUUGAUCAGGAUGGCCGUUGUAUUGGACCAACUCUUGCAAAUGAGCCAGAUCCUCUUUUGAGCCAGAAUUCAAUUACAAGAAAGGCAGGUGGUAAAAAGACACCAGAGAAGGAGAUGCAGGUUAUUGUAGACAUGAGAGAGUUCAUGAGCAGUCUUCCCAAUGUACUACACCAGAAAGGUAUUCGUAUAGUGCCGGUUACCCUUGAAGUUGGUGACUAUGUUCUUUCUCCUCUGAUCUGUGUUGAACGAAAAAGUAUCGCGGACUUGUUCCAAAGCUUUGCUUCUGGUCGUCUGUACAAUCAGGUUGAUACCAUGGCACGUUACUACAAGAUCCCAGUUCUUCUUAUAGAGUUUUCGCAAGAUAAGAGUUUUUCCUUUCAGUCUGCAAGUGAGAUUGGGGAUGAUGUCUCUCUGACAAACAUAAUAUCAAAGCUUUCAUUGCUAGUGCUGCAUUUUCCUCGGCUUCGGAUAGUCUGGUCACGCAGCUUGCAUGCUACCGUGGAAAUAUUUGUAUCACUUAAAACAAACCAGGAUGAACCUGAUGAGAAAAAGGCCAUUAGAGUUGGCGUGCCAUCUGAGGAUGGGAUUGUGGAGGACGAUGUGAGGGCUGAAAAUUACAACACGUCAGCCAUCGAGUUCCUAAGAAGGCUUCCUGGGGUGACGGAUUCGAACUAUAGAGCAAUCAUGGAUGGAUGCAAUAGCUUGGCCGAGCUUGCCCUGCUUCCAGUAGAAGAGCUGACGGGGCUAAUGGGCAGUCAGAAAGGAGCAAGGACGCUCAAGGAGUUUCUCGAUGCCAAGUGCCCAACUAUGCUGUAGCAUAUUUCCCUGUAACACGCAGCUUGUGAUGGACAAUUCUUCGAUGAUUUUAGUUAUCUUGCUGCCGAUGCUGUGUGUAUUGUGUUUUUAGAUCAGUUAUUGAACACUACAAAUCCAUAAGCUGUAUGUACAUGCUCCUUUUCUA